ACACUAGCAGUAUAUAUUGACCACCUGAUCAUCAUUACCAUGGCGUUUUACUUGGCUUCUCCGACACCUUUCUUCCUAGCAUCACCCUCAUCAACCUUGCCAACCAACAAACUAACCAUAUCUACGUCUUGUAGUGGAAUUAUAAAUCCAAAUCAUUUGAAGUUCAAACUUAAUGUUGUCAAAAACAGAGCCUCAGGAGGAAGAACAACUGGGAAAGUUGAAGAAAAUAGUUGUGGUCAUGAUUUAUUCGGCGGAAAAUUGGUGCAGGGGAAGCUUAUUUUCCAGCAAAACUUCUUGAUUAAAUCAUAUGAGUUAGGCCCGGAUUCUAAAAUCUCCAUUGGAGCCUUAAUCAAUCUUUUACAGGAAUCAGCACUGAACCACUUCAUAAGCGCGGGGCUGGUGGCGGAAGGUUUCGGUUCUACGCCGGCGAUGUGCCUAAAAAAUCUGAUUUGGGUUGUCUACAAGAUGCAGAUUGUGGUUGAUAGCUACCCUUCAUGGAGUGAUGUUGUUCAAGUAGACACAUGGACUUGUGCAUCAGGAAGAUACGGCGUGCGCCGUGACUGGCUAGGCCGUGAUUACAAGACAGGAAAAACUCUGUUUCGAGCUGUGAGGUUAGCUAGAAAAGAAGAAAUUGUGUAUGUGAUGAUGAAUAAGAAGACAAGGAAAUUAUCCAAGUUCAUUGAGGAAACUAGAGAAGAAACAAAGGCAGUGUUUAUGGAGUGUGAUCCAAUAAUCAUUGAUGAUGGUAGAAAGCUAAGGGACUUGGAUUUUGACACUGCAGAUUAUGUAAUAACAGAUUUGUCGCCUAACUGGACGGAUUUGGAUGUCAAUCAACAUGUGAACCAUGUCAAAUAUAUCAAGUGGAUCCUCGAGAGUGCUCCUGACUCAAUAUUAGAGACUCAAAAGUUGUGCGCAUUGAAGUUGGAGUUUCGAAAGGAGUGUGGAAAGAACAGUUUGGUGCAGUCUUUAUCUGCCAUCUCCAGAGAAGCUGAAGGGAUUGAGUUAGAACACACUCUUCGUCUUCAAAAUGGCGCAAGAAUUUUGAGGGGAAGAACUCUUUGGAUGCCAAGAAACUGA